AUGCUAAAACUAUAUCCGAGUCUUAUAAGGAGUAUUCCUUUGAGGAUUUUCAGAGAUGUUAGCCCUGUAAUAUGGACCAGGUUUCAGUCAAGCUAUGUGGACAAAUCUCUGCCGUUCACAUCGCCAAAGUGGUUAGUGAAUAAGCCAAAAUUUAUGCAUUUACCAGAGGAAGAACAGAGAGGAGUCUCGGUGAUACCUCUUAAGUUUGAUCCGAAGGAUUCGAAGUUGGUAGAGAAUAAUGCAUAUCUGAACGAUGACGAAUUUAGAAAGAAUUUAAACAAUGCCUUAACGUUGGUACACUCCAACUUGUUGACGGGGUAUACAGAGUUUGAUGUCUCAAACUCUAAUGCAACAUGGCUGCGGUUACGUGAGUUUCUAUACCAGGAGCUAAGUCGAUACUCGCAUAAGUCGUUUUCAUCAUCGAGCACAUUAACAAUAUCAUCUUUACUUAAACCCACCAAUCCAAAGGAACUGGUGCAACAUCUUCUUUCCGUGGACCAAAUAUCUGCUGAUACUUGGAAGUCAAUUCUACAGAGACAAGAGUUCAGCACUGUGGACCAAUACUAUUUCAUUUUAAAGAAUUAUUUCUCAUUUAUUAAGGAGCAAGAAAUUAUCCCACAAAUGACACCAUCGUGGUCGCUUGUAGACCGUGGAUUAGACAUUUCCAACCCGUCCGAAUGGUUCCCAGAAGCAAGAAAAUUAAAACGUACCAUUAUAAUGCACGUUGGACCAACUAAUUCUGGUAAGACCUAUAAUGCUUUGCAAAAGCUUAAAAAUUGUCCAAGAGGAUACUAUGCAGGACCAUUAAGAUUAUUAGCCCGUGAAGUUUAUGACAGAUUCCAAAAUGAAGGCAUCCGUUGUAAUCUAUUGACCGGGGAAGAAGUCAUCGAGGAUCUUGAUGCAAUGGGUAAUCCAGCUGGACUUACAUCAGGUACCGUAGAGAUGAUACCGUUGAACCGUGACUUUGAUAUUUGCGUGCUUGAUGAGGUUCAGAUGCUCAGUGAAAAAGAUCGUGGCUGGGCAUGGACCAAUGCUAUAUUGGGUGUUAGAGCUAAAGAAAUACACUUGUGUGGUGAAGAAAGUGUCUUACCUUUGAUGGAUAAAAUUGUGAAACUAACUGGUGACACACUAGUCGUGAACAGAUACGAAAGGUUAGGCAAACUUGAAGUAGAACACCAACCGCUUGCGAAUGGAUUGAAAGGAUUGAAAUCAGGUGAUUGUGUGAUUGCGUUUUCAAAGAAAUCUAUCCUUGAUCUCAAAUUGAGAAUUGAAAAGGAAACUAACCUGAAAGUGGCUGUCGUAUAUGGAUCGUUACCUCCGGAGACAAGAGUGAAGCAGGCCAAGUUAUUCAACAGUGGAGAGUACGAUAUUUUGGUGGCAUCGGAUGCCAUCGGUAUGGGACUAAACUUAUCUAUCAACAGAGUGGUAUUUACUGCAUCAUAUAAGUUCAACGGUGUAGAAGUGGUGCCUUUAACUUUCUCCAAUAUCAAACAGAUAGGUGGUAGAGCCGGACGGUUCAAAGGGAAGAAAGCCGAUGGUUCUUCGAAAGAAUCUAUCGGACACGUUACAGCAAUUGACGAGGAUAUUCUGAGAGAUGUCAGAAAAGGUAUCAAUGCGCCGAUUCAAUAUCUAGAAAAAGCAGUUGUAUGGCCAACAGAUGAGUUGGUCAACGACUUGCUAUCAUAUUAUCCACCUGGAAUGAAAUUAACAGUGCUUUUGAAUAAAUUCAAAACUGAUAUACUUAAAUCUUCAACAAAAUCCUUUGAAUUAUCUUAUAUCGACGAUAAAUCGAAAGUUGUUUCCACGUUUGAAGACAUGCGUGGGCUCACGUUGAAGGAUAAACUACGACUAUCCAAUGCCCCGGUCCGUAUCAAUCCCAUGGUUAUGAAUAUUUUCAAAAAAUUCUGUGAAACCAUUGCUGAGAGAAGAACCAUGUCACUCUUGAACUAUCCUCUACCGUUCCUAAUGUUACACUCGAGACAUAUCAAAGAUGAGAACGUCUCAUUAGAGUUCUACGAAGAAUUCCAUCAACUCAUCAACUUAUACUGCUGGCUCCAUAUCAGAUACCCGAACCUAUUUGUAGACUACGAAUCGGCCAUCGACAUAAAGAACCAUUGUGAGAUGAUGAUCUUCAAGAAGCUCGAAUUCCUAAAGAAGAACCCCUACAAGAAGUUCAAUAAAAGAUCACAAUCUAAGAACUCUUCUCCGAAAAACCGAUAUGCUACUAAGAAAUCUUAUAGAUCCAAUUCUUAUUGA